AUGGAGACCUGGAUCCUGCUGCUGGGGGCAGGGAUCGCCCUGGGCUGCGUCUCUGGCCACCUGUACACGGCCCCCGACUCGUGCGAGGGCCGCUGCGGGGAACCCCCGAGCGAGGAGGACGAGUGUCACUGUCACCCCGAGUGCGGGACCCUCGGCGGCUGCUGCGGGGACUACGACAGACACUGCCGGCCCGGCGGAGACGGGGAUGAGGAUGAGGAUGAGGAUGAGGAGGCAGCUCCAGCCCGCGGUGGCUUCUCCCGGAGCCGCGAUUCCAUCACGGAACGGGAGCUCGUGGAGCUGUCGGAGCAGCUCUACGGGCUGGAUCACAACCGGGCCCGGCCCGGAGACAUCGCCCUCAACCCCCAGCACCGCGCGGGCCCCGGAGACACCGGACACGGGCGGGACCUGUCCCCGCAGCCGCUCUACAAACACGUGAACGAGGAGCUGUUCUCCAGACCCACCUACUCCAGCUUCAUUAAGCUGCUGGAUAAUUACCAGCGGGCCACGGGCAGGGAGGAGGAGGUGACGGCGGAGGAGCUGCGGGAGCAGGAAACCUUCCUGGGGGCGGCCAUGGGCACCGAGCUCAUGAGGACGCUCUUCGCCUUCCUCCGAGAGAAAAACCGCUACGACUCCGAGCAGGAGUUCCUGGAGGAUUUGAAGGAGAUGUGGUUCGGGCUCUAUUCCCGAGGGGAUGGAGAGCAGGAUUCCAGCGGCUUCGAGCACGUCUUCUCAGGGGAGGUGAAGAAAGGGAAAGUGUCCGGAUUCCACAACUGGAUUCGCUUCUACCUCCUGGAGAAGCAGGGAAUGGUCAACUACCUGAGCCACAACUUCGACGGGCCUUGGGACACGUUCCCCCGGGUGCUGGGGCUGCAGUUCAGCUGGGAUGGGUUCCACAAGGAGGUCGGAUCUGCCUUCAUCGGCUCCAGCCCCGAGUUCGAGCUCGGCCUCUACACCCUCUGCUUCCUGGCGCGGCCCGGCCGGGCGUGUCACCUGAGCCUGGGCGGGCACAGCCUGAGCAUCCAGACCUUUCCCUGGACCAAAUCCACCUACGGCGGCGGCCGGAGGUUCAUCGCCACCGCCUACGUGAUGUCACCGUGA